UCAAACCGACCGGUCGGUAUCGUGACGCUUUGCAAGCUUGCGAGUACAUUCGCUCCCCCCUCUAGCUUCCCCGUGGUAGCUAGGGAAGUCGAAGCAACAGGACGAAGUCCAAACAGACCGUCUGGUCCGUACAAACUUGCAGCGCGGAUUUUUUCCUUCCGUAGACUAUCGUGGAACAAGGUUCGAUUAUUAUUGAUAUGCUUUAUGCUUCUUUUUAUCGUAACAAAGAAAGAAAAUGGUGACGGUUGAAAGUGAUUUGUUAAUUCGAUCUACUGUGUACUAUCGAUUUCAAUAAUUGCGUUAUCGAUGACUAUCGAUUUCAACAUCAAACGGGUGAUGGUACGACUGAAUCGUUGCACAGUGCAAUGAUUAUUUGGUGUAUCGGAGGAUGAAUUAUUAAAUAGUUCGGUAUUGGAACGAUGUAACAGAGAAUCGUGAAAUAAUAAUUUAGAAAAAGUGUAAUUUCUUGUCUCAUUGUUUGUGUGGAGUAUCGGAGGAUAUUACUAAAAUUAUUAUAAUUCGAUAUUGGAACAGUUUAACAGAGAAUAUUAACGUAAGAAAAGUUAGUAAUUUCUUAUUUACAAGAAAUGUUUAUAUGUGUCAGUUGAGAAGUGAAGAACAAAUGUAAAAAAUUUCGACAUUGAGAAUUCACGAAGAAAAGCUGGACUAGGAAAAAAGUGUUUUUCUUCCUACGUUUCUUUAUCUAAAUGUCGACGGAGAAGCCGGUGGAAUGAAAGACGCGCGGAAUUCGACGUUCUCAUUCUCUUUCUCUUUCUUAACCUCUCUCUACUGUCAGCGUAAGUGCAACGAAGUAAGACUAAUGGGACGAGCGUGAGAGGGAUAAAGGUCGACGCACCUGUUUUGCUUUCGAUCUCAAGUUCGACGGCAGUAGUCUCCCGAGCAGUUAGAUGCAGUGUCGUUGAAACGGUAAUUACAUUGAAGUGAUGUGAAUGCAGUUCUGGUGAUACUCGACGAAAUUUCGAGAGAAGAUGAUCAUGCAAGGAUCGACGAUUGAUCGAGAUGUAAAGAAAUCCAAUGGAAACUAACAUUCUUGUGCUUGCCGUGCUUCGAUACAAAUGUCUGCUUUGUAUCAACAUUAACUUAAAGAAUCAACAAGAAAAUUAACUCCAAAAGAGAUAGGUACUAUCUCAAUCUUAAUAUAAAAGACUCUGUUGAAAAAUCGCUGUAUAAAAUUGCAACGAUUUCACAAAAUAACCGAAGCUACGUUUCCGACGAACGAAAUAUUCGUCAAAGACGAGGCCAGGAACGGAUAAAACCCCUGUAAUAGCCCGAAGAGCUAUUCAAAAAGCGGAAAUAACGUCGUUUCUGUGAACGUCGCGUCAUUGUAGAUUUUUUCCCGAGGAGAUUAUUGUUUGGAAUAUCCGACGUGACGAACGAAGGGAAUCGAUGCUCGCGGGAUAUUCAUGCGGAUCGAUCGAGGCCUCCAUUAUCAUGUAAAACGACGGUCGGACAUGUAAAUUUGGCGAGUGGACGAGCCGAAGGAGAACGUUCCGCGCGAUUGGCCCUUAUCAUGGAGCAGAAACAAACGGGCACGAUCGAUUAGAUGCGGGAUUCUCGUAGUCAAGAGGCUUUAAUAACGCCGUGGGAUACACGCCGAAAAUGUCAAUCGACUGUCACCGGUUAUGGAGCCACGAAGACCGGACCGUGCGAGCGGUAACGACGAACGGUUGGGGUAGGUCGUGGAAUCGUGGAAUCGAGUGAAGAUUCUCAUGCACGGCCCGAGCCUGCCUGGAAUCCCAUGGUCGAGAGGAGAGAAGGAGCAUGACGUAGCCGUCGACAAGGGGGGCGCUUCGGAUGCUCCGGACUGCCGACUAGGCUCGUAUGGAGGGGAAGGACGCAAUAACCACGGAAAGCACCCUGCUUCUGAACCUGACCACUGUCGCUACACGAGACACCGACGGAUUCCUCCGAGGAUUCCCAGGCAAAAAUUCGCCCUACACGGUCACGCAGGCAAUACUUAUCGCCCUGGUGCUUGGCAGCAUCAUAGUUGGGACUGUGAUUGGAAACAUUCUAGUCUGCGUUGCCGUGUUUCUCGUUAGGAAGCUGCGAAGGCCUUGCAACUAUCUGCUGGUUAGCCUUGCAGUUAGCGAUCUCUGCGUCGCUCUUCUGGUAAUGCCGAUGGCGUUGCUCUACGAGAUCUCCGGUAAUUGGUCCUUCGGUGCAAUUAUGUGCGACCUUUGGGUUAGCUUCGACGUGCUCAGUUGCACGGCCAGCAUCCUGAACCUCUGCAUGAUCUCCGUGGACCGGUUCUGUGCCAUAACGAAGCCGCUGAAGUACGGGGUGAAAAGAACACCGCGACGAAUGAUCGUUUACGUCAGCCUUGUUUGGUUGGGAGCGGCCUGUAUCAGUUUGCCACCAUUGUUGAUUAUGGGAAACGAGCAUACUUACUCCGAGAGUGGGCCGUCUCAUUGCGUUGUUUGCCAGAAUUUCUUCUAUCAAAUUUACGCUACGCUUGGGAGCUUCUACAUACCUCUGCUCGUGAUGAUUCAAGUAUAUUACAAGAUAUUCUGUGCGGCGCGCAGAAUAGUUCUCGAAGAACGGAGAGCGCAAAGCCACUUGGAGGCGCACUGCUACCUCGACAUAGAGCCGACGGUGCAGCAACAUCAGCCAGCAGCUGUGAAUCGUCAAUUAAAUACCGACGUGCAGACUAGCCAUGGAAGUCCGCCCACGAAGCAGCACCGAAGUUCGAGCGCCUCAACGACGAUACGAUCGAACCCUCGUGGCGAUACGCAGGAUAAUAUGAGAGCGUGUAGCGGCCACGCGGUACGAUGUUUCGCUGGUGGUCCCCGGAAGAGCAACGAGUCUCAAUGUCCGAUGCUGCAGAAGGUCGAGAAGCCCAUCCUCUCCUCGUCCACGACGACUACGCCACCGAUGGUGUCGACCAAGUCGACGAUUGUGAGAAACCACCUGAACAGUACCUGUAGCGUGACGAAUUCGCCUCAUCAGAAGAAACUGAGGUUCCACUUGGCGAAAGAGAGGAAGGCCAGUACCACGUUGGGAAUUAUAAUGAGCGCCUUCAUCGUCUGCUGGCUACCAUUUUUCGUGUUAGCCCUGGUCAGGCCAUUCCUCAAGGAUCCAGACGCCAUCCCAGCAUUUUUAUCCAGCCUGUUUCUCUGGCUCGGUUAUUGCAACAGCCUAUUGAACCCUAUCAUCUACGCGACCUUGAACAGAGACUUCAGGAAGCCAUUCCGCGAGAUCCUAUACUUCCGCUGCAGUAAUCUGAACCAUAUGAUGAGGGAGGAGUUUUACCAGAGCCAAUACGGCGAUCCUAUUAACAAUUGCGAGAUCAAAGCCGGCGAGAUGGACGAUGCUGAGCGUCUCAACAAUCAGGGUAUCGAGGCGAUCGAUAUCGCCACGAGCGCUCCAAACGAAAGCUUCCUGUGAUCUCGGGGUAAUGUCGAUCGCCAAGCCGAUCGCGAAACCCUCGAAACGAACCUGGACCGACCGUGAUCGAUCACUCAUCGUCAAAAGACCCCUGUCACGUUAAUAGCCGAUCGAUCUUCUCGGUUUCGCGAACGAAACCGAUCGUAGAUUAUUUCGUAAGUUGGUAGAUAACUAACUACUUUCGAUUUUCCAAUAACUGGCUACUCAGUGGACCUGUUGUUCGUCGCGUUACCAUGUUGCUCGAGGAAAUCAAAAUACUCGACCAGUUUAACCGUGACGAAUUGAAGAUCUAAUUUCUAAGAAGAACUUCCCUCCGAAUUGAUUUAAGUAAACGUUAUCGUCAUUGUACGUUCGAUGAUCAUGCAUGUUAACGUAGAAUCAGCGGCUGCGAUCGAUUGCGACUUAGAUCAUUUGGGACAAGUCUAAGAGUCUGAACAUCUUGUCCCCGAUGUGUAUUUGCUGUUUUCAGCUGGAUCGAUCCGAAUUGUCUCGUGGUCAGACGUCCGAAUAGAGCCUCGUGGAAUCUGUUCUGUUUCGUAGUAAGGAAAGAAGUCGUCCCAGUACUGUCUCCGUGGAGUGACAGGCGCAGAGCAAGAACUCGUGUUGCGGAACAGACGCUUCUUCGACUAGACUGAGAUCACGUGGAGAGUGAGAAAAAGAGAAGUUAGCAAAGAAAUUCUCUUAGGGUUUAAAUGUGAUUGGAGAAGCGACAUGGAGAAGCAAGAACGAAAUACUCGAAAGCUUGGAUGGUUAGAUCGAGUCGAUAUUAAGUACAUUUAUUUGUUGUGAUGUCCAUGAUAUACGAAUGAAAGAAAUUCAUGUUCCAUGGGAAAUCAUGGUCUCUAACAUUGUACAAAGGAUACUAAACUCAUCUGUGUAGUGUCGCGAUGAUAAUUUUGAACGGUGUGUAAUUAGUAAAAGAAAAAAAAACAAGAUAUGUCUUGAAAAUAGGAACUUCCGAUUUAGGUGUACGAAAACGCGUCUGCCAGUGCAAUCGGUUCUUGAAAUUGUAGAUGGUUAGGACGAAGGCAAAAUGGCGUGCGUUUUAAGCGAUUCUGAUCUUUUUAAGAAUCAUAAAAUGAUUUAUUGGGGACACACGAAACUAAUGAAGUUUAAGAGUAAUUUAUGAAAGGGAAACUUUAUUGAAUUUAGUUCCCUAUAUUGUUUCAGCAGUAGAGUACUUAUUAAUUGUAACGAAUUAUAUUAUAUUUAAAAAUGUAAAUUUGAAAUAAAAAAAGUUACAAGGUUAAUACAUAUAUUCAGUGUGAAAGGGAUGUUAGCUUAAUACGACUUAUAAAUGAAAUCAGAGGAACAUAAAAGUUUGUUAUAAAGUUGACGAUGUUUCGCCAGUCUUUGAAAUUACAGUAUAGCAAUUUAACAAUUUAAUUUUCGAUAUGGACUUGUGUAUUCGUAGUCUAUACUUUAAAAUAUCCGGUAUAAACGUUACUGACUAAAUUGUACGUAACAAGAGAUAAAAGGUACGAAUGAUUUAAAAAAUGAUAAUUCAGAAUGCUGAAUUACUAGGUAAUAACUUUUUCAAUGCAAUUUCCUUAAAAACAGUGCUCCAAGAAAAGGGAGUAUUUAAUAUAUAAAGAAAGAAAAUCGAACAAACAAUGGGUGCCGGUGGGAAAUGUCAAUUGGAAAAACAAAUCACCGGUUGGAAAAUUAACCGUGACACACGAGAGCAGUAAAACCAUCGAGAGCCAUGGUUUCUUGUAUCUCUGGAGUACGAUUACCGAGUAUGUGCUUCCCAUUUGAAUCGUUGAGUAUCCUUGGAAUUAUUGGGUCAAACAAAUCCUGAAAAAUGGUAAGAUUGGUUUCAAACCAAUAAUCGUAUGAUAAAAUGGCAAAAGCUACGUCGAGUAAAAUUAAAAGUAGGAUCUUGGAGAAAUAUAAAGAUAUUAUUUUCGUGCAAAACGAAGAGUCAUAAUGAAAUUAUUAAGUGGUAAAGAAAUAACGAUGUAGUAGAAGAAGAUCAAACAACGCUGAUAAAGUAAAGAAUGAAGAAAUAAUGGAUAAAUUUCUGCACAGAAUUGAAACAAACAUGAAAAUAUUUAGGAGAGUAGAUGACGAUGUGCGUCGAGGAAUUUCAAAUGUAACCUCCGGCCGCAGACCACGAUCGAUCGGAACUCGAUAGAAUUGAAUUUUCAGCGUUACCAGCGGGAUGACACGGAUGCCUUGGAAUUUUCAUGAAAAUGAAAAAUUUAUGUCGCUCAUUCGUGGAUCCCAUCUGAACAGACAAACAGAAAUUAGGACAAAAAAGUAAGGCGAAAAUGGAAAACCACAAUUUUUCGAGGAAAAGUGAACAAUGAUUGAGAAAAGUUUAAGAAAUGCUUAGAAAAAGCAUUGUAUAGAGGAAUGCGAUUACUAUAAGUGAACAAAAUAUGGAAACAAUAGUAUAUCACUUUUUUUGACAUUAUUUUUGCUAUUAAAUGAAAGCAAAUAUAGAAAGAUAAUUAAUUUUAAUGAAAAAGUAAGAAAAUUAUUAAUUCCAAUAUGAAUAAUAAUAAUUAGAAAAGAACUAAAAUUAAUAAGAAGAAAGAAUCAAAAAAAUAUACGUAUACGCAAUUACUUGAAAUCAACAAAAAUAAAUAUAGCCAGAGUAUAGUCGACUUAAAUCAACAACAGAACACGAGUUGAAAAGUCAAACUGUAACCAAAUCAAAUCCGCGUGGUUUACCCGUAUCCACUACCGCGGCGUAUAUAACCAAACAUCAAAACCAAUCUCGUCGAAAAAUAAAAAAAUAACAAAAAGCUAUGAUUCUCAAAUAAACACAUUUUUACGAUAGUUCAGAAAGCUCUGUGAUUUUUGUAAACCAAUAGGUAAAACAUUCGCGUCAUGACAAUCUUUUCAAGCGCGAAAUGAAAAUAAAGACAGAAUAAUAAAAUUUCAUAAAAAUUUCAUAAAAUUUCAAGAAAAUUUGUUCGAUAAAAUUGAUAUUAAAAAUCUCAAUAGCACACGUUUGAAACAACUUCCAAUAAAAUAGAAUACAGAAGAAAGUAAAGAAAAUGUAAUAUUAUGUACCUAUAUUCAUAUUGCAUGAUCAACUCAAGUCAUUGAAAAGUAAUAAAAUCGAAGGAGAAACUUCCUUUAAUGCAUCAUACUGAUUACAGAUCGAACUAUUAACGUUGUGUGGCCAAUUCUCUUAGAUAGCGGCCAAGUAAUGGCGUGCAGAGAGGCAGCAAUGAAAUUUGCGAGACAUUAGGAAUAGUUAGAGUCGGUUUAAUUCCGAUCGAAGUCAAACCGGCGGAAUCUAAUCCGAAAUUUUGGUUACGGUCGAUAAUGCGUUCGGUCACGAGCUUGGCACACGCGAAUCUCUUCAUGGUAAUCACUCGUCGAUCGAAUGAUGCAGAGCCAAGCGGUAAUAGUUCGCUUAAGCUGUUGAAUAUCGUGACGGUGAUUAUCAUUUCGUCUAUUAGACAGGAUCGGUGAUAAUUUAAGGAAUAUCUUAAAAACUUUCAUUCGAAUUUUUUGAAUAAAAAAUUCUGAAUUAUAUUGCAGAAGUAACUUUGUUCUAUGUUUUUAACUACGAUUUUAUUCUAUGGAGUGUAACCUCCAUGGUCCUGCAUAAAACAUUUUUAGAUACACUAUUUUACAACCUUCGUUUAGAGGCUAACAAAAUUAUCAUAUCACACAGAUAUGCGUAGAAGACAAUUAAGUUUAUUUCAUACAAUAAAGAUAUUUUAACAUUACACAACGCAGUUGGCAUUAUUGAUAAGCAAAAACGCUUGAAACUUUACUACUUCAGGGGAACAUAUCGACAAACGUGUCACAAGCUUACUGACCAUGAUAUUACGACGUGCUAGAUAAAAAUAAGUACACAUUGCGUGAGAUAUCCAAAUUACUCAGUUUUAUCAACAACGCGUUAUCUUUAUACAUAGAAUGUUGAUAUUACGUAACUUUACACCUUUCUAAUUUUACAACAUUAAUUCUUUAAUUUAUCACCAUGCUUUUACAACCUUUCAUUACAUCAUAGAUAUAAUAGUAGCUCUUGACAAUUAAAAUACCUAUACUUACGUCAAAUUGUUUUAAUUUCUAAUUACUAAUAUUCUAUCAAUAUAUUGCAAAUUAUAAACUAAAAAACCUAUUAUCCUUGUUCCAUCAGAUCUUAUAUUAACUACGAUAUUCUUUUGAAGUUUUCUUCAUUUUUUAUUGAAAAAGAUGAAAGCGUUAAAUGAUUUCUUACUAAAAACGUGUGAGAAAGUUGCAAUCAACGUCACGUUCAAGUCAAAGUUUCAAGUUAAAAUACAUCUUUCUAAGUUGUCAAACCUUCGUCGAUAUGUAUUUCAAAAACUAGUUUACUACCAGUCACUUCGGAACUAUGAAAGCGUGGCAAGUAAGAUAAAUUGCACCAUCGCCUUCCAGUCAGUUCAUUCUAUUUAAAAACUCUUUUGGACAUGAGAAAUAUAUUCUCAAGGUUUUUCUUCAAAAAUCAGAGCACCACACCUUAGUUCACAACUACGACGGUGUGACAAGCAGGAUAAAUAGAAUUGUCGACUUUUAGUCAAUUUAUUUAACCAAAAUCGAAUAAAAAUUUAUUCUUUAGUUCUUUUCUUAUCGAUAUAGGGCUAAUGCAUCUAUUCAGCAGAACAGGCUCGCAAAAAGUAGCUACGAUUCACCUUUAUACUCGUGCUGGAUUCGAAAAAGCAUAGUACAAGUUAAGUGUGAACGCGAAAUUCAGCCAUUCGAACGUGAAUUCGUUGGAACGCGUGUAGGCGAGAGGCAAAUGUGGAAGAAAAGCCGACUCAACUACUAUAUCCUGACCUGAAUCUUUUUGAAGGUAAAUCAAAUCGUAAGAAAAGGAGGUUCGUGGUUAGACGAGUAAUAAAAUUGCAUUACAAACGUGUUACAACAAAUUUUAGAUAGUUUUCGUGAAAAUACAUUCGAUCAUGCAAGUUUCUCAUGCACAUAAUAAUCAUUAUUUCAAUUCAUUUAAAUAAAUACAUUUAAAUGAAUGAAUUUAAAUAAAUUUAAAUAAAUGAAUUUUAGUAUUUGAAAUUUAUUUAAAUUUAUUAUAAUAAACACUUCAAAAUGGUUCAUCUCUUAUGAUUUCUUACAUCAUCCAAGAACUUUCAUAUUUAAAAAACGAAUGAGAGCAAAAGAUGUCUGAACGCACGCAAAAUAUUGUUAGUGUGGCUAAACACUGUUGGCAAAUAUACCGUCACUGGUAGACCCGUGCUAUUAAAAACAUAUAAAUAUUACGUAAUUAUGUAGGUAUAAUCGUGCAUGGUGCUAACAAAGAGAUUCAUUCCAAUAAACGGCUAUAAAUUCAUGGAGAGAGUAAUUCGAUUAUAGAACCAAAUACCUUAGACGCGAUCGGGUCGAAACUUUAUAGAAAUGAUAUUUGACAGUAUUAUGAAGCGAUAUUUUUGUAUACGACCGUAUUGUUACGUUAUCUCUGAGUAUUUUAUCCUACCAAAAAGUUUAUUGUACUUUACUAAUAUUAUAGUAUUUAUUACACAUAUAAUAAUAGUGAGAGUGAUAAUACAUGUUGCACCAUGUGUUACAUUUUAGAAAAUCGAAUGAUUAUUGUAAAAAUAAAUUAUUAUAUAAAUUAUAGCAUAGUAACAUAUACCAAAGAUUAAUUACGAUUACUAGUAUUGUAAAAUUAUUACAUUUUUAUUUAUUUAUUUCGUAUAUAAUAAUUUAUUUGCGUAAAAUAUGUAUAUUUGUUAUGUUAUAUUCAAAUUGUAUUAAAUGUUGAAAACUGGUGGUCAACAGUGAAGGAAUUAGACAAAUCAAUAAUAAUUAUCUGUAGUUGUCACUAAUCGCAAUCGUAUUCACUGAUGACCAUCAUUGAUUAGGAAACUAGCGACUGUUGUUAAAAAUUAUGAGUACGAGUUUGCAGCUACUAUCAAUAGCUGCUGAAUAAUUAUCGCCAUAAUCAUUAAAAACUUGCUUGUAACUAUUGUGUCUCUAAUAUUUAUUAGAAUAGCAGCUAAAAAUAUCUCAUAUUUGUAAACGUUUGCUGGUAAGUACCUACCAAAUAAUAGCAACAAUCUGAAAGAUAAUUUGAAAUGUACAAACAAUCUUUUUGAUAUUCAAUUUAAGUACAAAAUUAAUUGUAAAGAAAUAAACUUGAAAUUUUAGAAAAAGAUAGAAUCACUUUAAAAAGAGAUAUGUAUAUUCUCAAACUAGUAAUAAUUGAAUUAAAGGGAAGAGUUGCGCAUAAUUGUUAUAAAUAUAUCACUAAACAUGUUUGCUUCACAUACUCAGCAACUCGUUAAUUUCAAUUGUUAUAAUCCAUAAAACUCGUGUUUUAUGAUUUUUCACAAAAUUUGAUAGAUUAUAGAAUAAAAUAAAUUCGAGAAAAACUGUUAUUUUUGUGAACAUACUUAAGAAGUUGCUUACGUAGAUGAUGAAAAAUUGUAAUUGCAAUCAUUGUUUAUGGCGCAGCGAUGUUUCUCUGAAGUUGCGACCCGAUGGAAAAUUAAGCUUAGCAUAAAUUAACACAAUAAUUGCCACGAACGUUACCUGGAUCUACGAAAUGGAGCCCAGUGAAAAUACAUAUACCUAGGAAACAAUGUAAAAUCAUCAAUUGAAUAGAUUGUAAUGAAUGCUACUAGCUCUACCUAUUUCCACACGAUUUAUCACAAUUUACCGUGAUAAUUGCCGUGUUGUUCGUUUAGCUCUUCGCUUCAAGGUAAUAAUUUAAUUGGAAAACAAAUUAUUUAACUAUUUUUUUAGAAAAUAUAAAUUAUGGAGAAAUUGUUUUAAACUUUUUCAUUUUUCCAAGAGCGAAAAUAAAUAAUGAGAAAACAAAUAUAAACCUUACAAAUUAAAUAUGUUUUAUUAAGGACGAAUUUUACGAUAUUUAGGUUCUGUUACUGAAAAUACAUGAUACGCGAAUACAUACAUUACAUUUUCUGUUAUAAAUUUAUUUUAUAAACUCGUAUCGACAAAAACACCUACAAGAAAAUGUAUAAUGUAUUUAUGCAAAACCUAUAAUUUAUUUUACCUUCAACUCCUUCAUCAUUAUUAGCUAAUGUGCACUUUCUUCCCUUCGUGUAAUUUAGCCUUCUUCCUAUACCAUCCUUCACAGAUUUUCCAGAUUAAAAAGGUUUUACAGUGUUUUCAAUCCCCCUAAUUUGAAUCUUUUUCUCCCUCUCUAAGCUACUUUGGAUUAUCCGAAGUUUGUUUGAAUUUAAGAUUCUCUAAAUUGCUUUUUUUUAAAUCUUCAGUUAUUCGGUAUUAGUGAGCUUUCCCGUAUUUUUAUCAUCUUGAAUCAAUUUAAACUUUCUGCGUCUCGGAUUUUAAGUUGAUAUCUUUCUGUUUUAAUUCAGCAUUCUUCGAUAUCUUUACCUUCUCUCAUUUUCAUAUUCAAUUAUUUCAAAUUAUUACGGUUUCAUCGCAAUCUUAUUUUUUUUAAUUUAAGUUUCAUCCCUCUUAUCUUCUAUUUAAACUUCUUACUUUACUUCACAUUUUCAAGUGUACCGAAUCAGCUAGAUUGCGUUGUAUUCUUAUUUCUUUUAAUUUCACCCUUCUUCUUUCAAGCAGUCUCAAUGGAUUCUGUUUCCUCUUUUUUCAACCUGCAUCUUUUCUUCAUCCUCUAAUUAUUCUCGAUUAACAAAAUUUCCGUAUAUUUUAAUUUUUUCUCAUGCUCUAUGUAUUUUCUUCGAACCAACAACACAUUAUAAUAAUACUUUGACGUUGUUCAAUCUAAGACUUCUUCCUUUACCUCAUCUUUAAUUUAUUGAAUUAGAUCCUCUACUAUCGCCUUCAUUUAUCUUUAACCAUAUUAAGUUAGAAAAUUCUUUCUCUCUCUUAACUCACAAAUUUUUAAUCAUCGAUCAAUCUUCGAAUAGAAAUUUCUAAAGUACAAGCAUAAAAGUUAAACAAAUUUAAUUGACAUUAUUAUUCUUUACAAAAUUUGAAAUCUGUUUCUUACCAUUAACAAAAUGUAGUCGUUUUCACUGAUAAAUCGAAUACAAAUUUUACGUUAAUAGCGUGAAACGAAGGGUUAAAUCGUGCCACGCGAAGCCCAACAUUAUCAAGCUCAUUGUUCGUUCGAUUUCGCGACGAACUGACACCGUUUCGAACCAGGGAUGGAAAACGUAUCAUUAGCUAGACAAUCCUAGACGUUUCUUAUGCGAACUAUUUGUAUGUGACACGAAUCAAAAAUACAUAUAUUAGGGUGUUUGUCGGUAAAGAUCACUCAUGUGUCAAGGACACGAUCUCUUUGAUGGAAAAGAUUGUUUCCUCCCUUGCAGAGAUUUCCAAACAAGUUAAAGGGAAAAUGAUAUUUACACGAGAAUUUUAAAAGUCGAUAGAAAAGAAUAAAUAAAUGUACGUUUGGAAAUCGCUGCUUUAGAUGUGCAUUAAAUCGAGUAUAAGGGUUUAGACAAGAAUUAACGUUUUGAUUCACGUGAACGAAUUCCUUCAAAUUGCAAAUCGCUGGAUGCAACCUUUAAAGUACGAAUAUCGAGAAAUUAAUGACCAAACUAGAGUUGAUAAGAUAAAUAUGUUCACGAUAAAAGUACUCAUCGUGUUGUAUUUAAUGUGAAAUGAAAUACAGGAAAAAUUUUGCUGAAAGGUCAGAUUACACACCGCAAUUUACGCAAAUAGUACAGUGGUAAUUUCAUACUGUAAGAUUAAUAUUGGAGAAUUUGUAAAUAAUUCUAUAUGACGCGGAAACAUACAUUAAUAUGGAAAAAAAACGUGAAAAUAAAAGGGUUCUACGAUAUUUUCACUUAUAAUAGAAUCGUAGAAUAAUAACAGAAAAAUGGCGAGGUCAUAAAAUGCUGUUUCAAAGUACAGAGAAGAAGCUAAAAAGAAAGUUUAAAAAGUACUUUAAAGGUUGAUACCCCGUAAUCUCUUUAAGCUGUCUACGAGCUGCGAAGAUAGGUCGUUUAUAUUGAAUUCUUUGAAACGACGUUCUUAUCCAAAGCGUAGAAAUUGCUAUCCUAAAAGAUAUCGUUGUUCCUCGAUAAUCGAAUCGCUAUCGACGAAUCUUUAUUCGGUGUAAAUACAUAUAUUUGCGACGAAAUUGCUAAUUGAAUUCCUAUUCGUUUGAUCCGAGCAAUAACGAUGUUUCGAAGCGGAAAUUUUAAGAAGCAUCUGAGUUUGACUUUCUUUCUCGGAUUUGUUACGAAUGAUCAAGAACGGCAGAAAGGAAAGUAGAACAAAGCAAAAAAAAAAAAAAAGAAAGCAACAGAAUAGAAGAUAAGCAUUGUAAUCAUGCGAUAAACGAGAAUAACAUACGUCAUCGAUGUCGUUAUAGUUAAAAAUGAUGUCUUAGGGAAUAAAAGUUAGAGAAUAACGCGUAACAAUUUUAGGACACCGUCUCCUAGAAACUCGGAAAUACGUAAAUCUCUAUUGUAUCUCUGCUUUCGUGCGUGCGCGUGAAGAUCAGCUGGAGAAAUAAAAAAAAAAAAAAAAAAGAAACGAUCAACGUUACAGUAUGUAUGAUCAUUUCACGAACGUUUACAUUAUGUCAUUUUGCAUUGUCGAGUCGCUCGUAAAAUCGGGCGAUUAAACAAUAUCCGAAUUGUGGAUAGAUCGACAAAAAUUUAAACCGAUAUAUACAAAUGUAAAUUUCAUGGUGUAAUUUAAAUUUAGUUAUUUUUUCAUGUAGCGAAAUUCUAACGUUAAAAUGAAUACACUAAAAUUCAUCAAUGAAGUAAAUAAAGUACGAUUUAAUGGAAUACGUAAGGAUAUAAUAAUUAAAGAAAUUUUAUUGAAUCAAUUUAAUAAUAAAAUCGACUAUAAUAAUAUAAGGAGUAAAGAAUCGAAUUAUUCUUUGCACAAUCCUACUUGUUCUUUAAUUAGUCACACCAAGAAGUAAAAAUAAAAGUUCAAGAUAUAAUUUAUAAAAUUAUAUUUCUCACAAAAAUCUUCUCCUUAUAUAAUUAUUACUUUUCACAUAAGUCGAAUAAACUCAUUAAAAUAUGUUAAUUUUCUCAUUUGCUAAAUAGAUCAGAAGAAACUAAUAUACUCUUGAGAAUCUCGUUCUCGUUUAGCUGAACAAAACAAGCCACGACACGGAUGAUAAAUAAAGCAUGACCGUAAAACAAGAAGAUUAGCUGUGUGGAAACGUUUGCCGCAUACGAAAAUACGAGACAAAGAUAUGCCGACGCUGAAUGGAAUUAGGUACUACAAAUAAUAUUUCGAUUCAAAAGGUACGUUGUGAUUCACACAGAAGACAAUCCAAUGGGUAGAAAUGCGUGACCCGAAUUUAGAAAUAACAGAGAAUUGUGUGUCGCCGAUAUUUCUUUCGAUCGGCGGUAAAAAUGGCCCGAAAGCACAAAAGUUUUUUGCCCGAUGAUACGAGCGACAGUCCCGAUAUCGAAACCAAUACAAUAGAAAAACACAAAAGGUAUAAUUUUGUCCACCGUGUAUUUUUGAUACUACAAUCGAUAACUUCAUUAUUACGUUGACGUCGAAGCGUAGGCGAGCGACACGUCGAGACUUCGCGAUUUCAGUUUUUCGAUGUACGCCAGAAGCAGAACGAAUACGGUCAUUGAAGAUGAUACCUCGCGCGAAACAACUCGAUUUACUUUGGCCGGCGGUGGCCAGACAUUCUUACGUGAAUGUAAUAACUUUCGAACACACAACGUGAUCGUUCUCUGUACAUAAAGAUAGAGCACAAAAACUUUUUAUGUAUGACCUCGUAUUCGACAACGUGUAGACCGAGUCGAUGCGAGGGACUACGAAUAUUCUAAAAUAAAUAUUGUGAUGACUGAACAA